CUUCCUUUCACCCAAUCGUGACACACAGUAUACACAACCAUUCCUUGUUUGGACUAGUCGUGUCCACUCCAAGAAUAUCGGGUGGUUCGUUCCCCGCAUCGUUCGGAUAUUAAUCCCGAUAACCUUAGACUGGACCCUCAUAGGAGUCAUGUAGAUUGAAAACACGGUAAUGAGACAGAAUCCCGACCAGUAACUGUUUCGGUGGAACAGUGCCAUAUUUGACCGAUAUAACACUCAGGCGAACAUCAUGGAAUACUUCUUAUGUAGCCACUUCCAAACGAAGGUUUCCGCAGGCUGCACUUUAGAAUGUACUUCCUUCCUAUCAUCGCGAUCUUCUCCUCGCUCUGCACCGCCGCUCUUCAAUACCGCGGUGUCGACAUCUCCUCCCUCCUCGUCACGGAACAAGCCGGCAUAACCUACAAAUCGACCUCCGGCACCACCCAACCCCUCGAAACUAUCUUGAAAUCCUCCGGCGUCACUUCCGUGCGCCAACGCAUAUGGGUCAAUCCUUCCGACUCCAUUUACAACCUCGACUACAACGUGAAGCUGGCGAAACGCAUGCACGCCGCCGGGCUUUCCAUAUACCUCGACCUGCAUUACAGCGACACUUGGGCCGACCCUGCGCACAACAAUGCGCCCACGAAAUGGUCUAAAUACGACUUGAACACCAUGGCAUGGGCAGCAUACAACCACUCCCUGGCCGUCUCGAACCGCUUCGCCGCCGAUAACAUUCCCGUAGAUAUCAUCUCUGUUGGCAACGAAAUCGGCAAUGGCUUUCUAUGGCCCAUCGGCACAACCACGUCUUACCCUUCUAUUUCCAGGCUACUGCAUUCCGCGGCAUGGGGUAUCAAAGACUCGACCCUGAACCCAAAGCCGAAGAUUAUGAUCCACCUCGAAGAUGGCUGGAGCUGGACCAAGCAGCAGUACUUCUACGACUCAGUGCUGAAGAGUACUACGGACGGACUGACGAGCAGUGAUUUUGACCUGAUUGGCGUUAGCUAUUAUCCGUUCUGCAACGCCGCGGCGACGCUGUCCGCAUUGAAAACGAGUUUGAAGAACAUCAAUUCGCGAUAUGGGAAGAGCGUGCUUGUAGUCGAGACGGAUUGGCCAGUCAGCUGCCCAAACCCGAGUAACGCAUUUCCGAGCGAUGCCAAGAGCAUUCCGUUCAGCGUGGCAGGGCAAACGACUUGGAUCAAGACUGUUGCGGCAGCAGUUGCGCAGACACCAGGCGGGUCGGGGUUGUAUUAUUGGGAGCCGAGCUGGAUUGGGAAUAAUAAUUUAGGGUCGAGCUGCUCAGACGUGCUAAUGGUCGAGCAGAACGGACAAGUCAGAGCGAGUCUGAAUGCGUUUGGGCAGAUAUGAGGUUCAUUUAAAUCU